GGCAUAGCAGACAUGUCGUUCCGAGGCGGAGGAGGAAGAGGAGGCUUUAACAGAGGUGGAGGAAGAGGAGGGGGAGGCCGAGGAGGUGGAAGCUGGGGAGGAGGAGGGGGACGUGGGGGAGGCUUUGGGCGGGGGGGAGGCAGGGGAGGCUUCAACAGACAACAGGACUAUGGACCUCCAGAACAUGUCAUAGCUUUGGGUGAGUUCAUGCAUCCAUGUGAAGAUGACAUUGUGUGUAAAUGUACGGCAGAGGAAAACAAAGUGCCCUACUUCAACGCCCCAGUGUACCUGGAGAACAAGGAGCAGAUCGGCAAAGUGGACGAGAUCUUCGGACAGCUACGGGACUUUUACUUUUCAGUCAAACUUUCAGAAAACAUGAAGGCGUCAUCAUUCAAGAAGCUGCAAAAGUUCUACAUAGACCCCAUGAAGCUGCUCCCCCUGCAGAGGUUCUUGCCCAGGCCUCCGGGAGAAAAGGGCCCACCCAGAGGAGGCCGAGGAGGGGGGAGAGGAGGAGGGCGAGGGGGAGGUCGUGGAGGCGGAUUCCGUGGGGGCCGUGGUGGAGGUGGGCGUGGCGGAGGUUUUGGAGGAGGUUUUGGAGGAGGCAGAGGAGGAGGAGGCUUCAGAGGAAGAGGAGGUGGCGGUGGAGGCCGAGGAUUUAGAGGUGGGAGAUGAUCCUGUGAGAGUGUGUGCUCUCCCUGUGCCCUUCCUUAGAGACCCCCCUGCCUGUGCAGAGCCUGGACUGUCCCAUAUGUGACUUUUCCUUUACUGUCAUAUUAUUUAGUAUUUUGCUACAUGUUUUUGAGGAAGUGUUUUUAUUUAAAAGAAUGCUGUGUAAAGUUAUUUUCUAAAAGGCAUGUCUAUAUUUUGUACAGGUGAUCUCACGACUGCCAAGAUUUUACAUAUAGUCAUAACUUUGAUGCAUUCAAGAUAAUAGAGAUCAGUGAUACCAUGUUUUUUAAUGAUUUGUAAUGUCUAAGAAUAAUUUUGAUUUGUGUUCAAAGGCCUUGAAUAAAAGAUCCUUUAUAUAA